AUGCAAAAGCUGAAGAAUUACUUUCAUGGGCAUGAAAAAGGUAUAAAGAUGCUGUGAGAGAAAAAGUUAUUUUGGUUUUGAUUUUAGUUUGGGCGCUCAUUAACGCAAACGCUAACCAUGUGGAGAUCAGAAUGGUGGAAAACGUGAGAGAAAACGCUGGCGCCUAUGAUAAAAUGAAUGCAACUUGGCCCAUGUAUCCUGGAAUAACAAAUCGGAAGGAUAAACGCGCCUCAAGCAAACGUCUCCCCUGCCAGACUCCAUGUGAGUUGAACAAGUUUCACAGUCAACUUUGCUCUAGACAAUAGAAACUUAACUAUAACUUGAGCAUUCAUCCUGAAUUAAUUUUAAAAAUUUUCAAAGCCUGCGUAGUUGACUUCGAAUUUUUGGCUAUCUAUUCUCGAUAUUAGUUUUUAUUUAUUCCAACUGUUUUACCUUUAAAAAAGAACUUUCAGCGUCGCCGUCGUUUUGGCGGAAAACCCAUUAUGUCAUCAACGGUUCCCGCGUUAGGUAUUUUUUUGAAUUUUAUUCAUCCGUUUUUUUCAAACCCUUUUUCUUUUUCAUUUUUUUCAGAAAGAGGAAGAAUCGAAAAAAACGAGCAGGAGCUGCCAGUCUGAUUUUAUCGCCAUUUUUUAAAAUUAUUUUUAAUAAAGUUUAAUAAUUGAUUUGUGGGUCUUUUUUCUUUUUUGAUGGUUCAAGUCCCAUCUUCAUUUUUUAAAUUUCGCCUGGGACUGAUUGAACGUGGGCAUCUGCUUUGUUACAAAUUGUGCUAUUUCUUUAAUCUCUUAGAAUGCUGUCCUUCUGAAGUUCGUCUUGUCGAUUCUUUGUAGUUGAAAGAACAAAGGUGAAUCGGGAGGUCGAUGCAAGUAGGCACCGGGUCGCAACUUAUUAGCUAUUUUCAUGGAGCCGGAAAGCAUACGCUCGUCAGGAAAUCUACCCGGUAGCAUCGCGAUACCGCUCCGGUACUAUCCAGGUAGCAUAGAGAUAGAACCUGGUACAAACGAUCACCCAUUAGCAUACGUAUGCGCCUGUUCAAGGUGGCCGGUCGUAUUACGGUAGUUUGGAUAGGUUUUUCAAUGAUAAAAUGAAAUCUUGUGUACUUUUUGUGACGUCCCCCUUGUAACCUUGAUAAAUAGGUCCUUAACAAAUUGCAGAAAAAAGAAAAUUUAAAAAAUCUUCCUGGCUCCGAAACGGACUGCGCAAUAUUGACCGGCCGCCGUAGCUCUAUCUCAAACAUGCGUGAUACGCCGAUAGACUUUGAGUUGCUACUUUGUACUACUAUUGUCCUCCUAAUUGACUAGUGAAUUUUUGUUUGCUUUUGUUCCUUGUUGAGGCUCUUCAAAUCGUGUUUUAUUGCAGUAACGUCCUUUUCAUGGUAGAAAUCACGGACCUGUUGAAAAUUCGUCUCGAAAGCCAAAGGCCAGCCACAGCAUUCUAAAGCGGGGUUCCCGCCCCUUUUCUGAAAAGCAUGCGGACGUUGCAUGAGUGGGCGUGGCUAACAAUCGUCUUUUUCGCGUCGUAAUUAAGAGUCCGGAUUUUUUGAUUAUUUGAAGGCUAGCAUUUUUUUUUCCUGAUAUUUAUAGUUUCCAAGUGUUGCUAGCCAUUUCCUAUAACUCUCUUAAAAUGUCGCAGUUUAUUUUCUUGUGGUUUGAUUGGUUCAAAGGACUACAUAAUUGUUCUGUUCACGAAAAUCGAAAUUUUUAAUUCAGGUUUGAUUUCGUAUUCUUUUUUUUCCUGUUUAAGUAAUUGAAAACUGAUAAUGUGAUCGAUUCCUGGAGUUGAAAUUUCGAUUUUAGGUUUUGUCUCUUAGGUACAGACCAAUUACACCUUUUUUUGAAUUUUUCGUCAAGUCGAAAUUUUUCUCUUUUGCGCGGACACUGACAGCUUUUUUUUUCUUGUUUAUUAGUUGGAAACUGAUAUUUUGAUCGAUUCUUGGAGUUGGAAUUUCGAUUUUUCGGUUUUUGUCUCUUGGAUACAGUAUUUUCUUUUAUAAACAACGUUUCGACACAUUAACGAGCUAUGGACACUUUAAAAACUUUCUAAUACGUUUAAAAACAUUAAUUCAAAAUUUACGUGCAUAGAAACAAAAAAAGAUUUUAAAAAACAAUCGAAAAAAGUUAAUAGCAUGUAAAUUAAAGAAAAAAAAAGCAACUUGAUUUUGAUUGACAACGCUCCAAGUUACGCGCUCCAUUGAGAAUAGUGUGCGCCUCUUUUUGGGUGAACCCCGUUUUAGAACGCUGUGCCAGGACAUUGUGUCGUUUGGUUGGGAUCGGGUGCUUCAGAAGAACUCCAUCGAAUUUCAUUAAAUUUAGAAAAACUAAAUGAGAAUUCCUUGCUGAGUUAUUCAAUAAAACAGAGAUCUCGCAUUAGCCAAAAUAAUUCCGGAAGAAUGAAACCUUCACUUUUAUUGAAAUCAUUCCAUCAAAAUUUAUAGAACAAAUUACAUAGAACCGACAAGAAGAAUUCAGAUUGACAACAUUCCGAAGCGAUUAAAAAAGUAUAAGUAAAUGACAACGAAAUUCAAAGUGUGAAGACGGGACUGGAAGCAUCAUAAAAAAAAUAACAAAUGAUCACUUAUUCAACUUUAUUUAUUUUAAUUCUAAGAAUCAUGGUGAAAUAAGGAAGGCAGAAGUUCUUCUUUUUUUUCCUGAAAAUCGUCUUGAAAAUGGUAGAGAAAAACGUUUUGAAAAGUACCUGGGAAAACUUCUCUUCAAAACGACCAAAGACCGAGUAUCGGGAAACUAUUACGUUCUGAAAACGAAAAUUUUAAUCAACUUUAGAAAAGGACAUUGUCUUGCGAGGCCAUCAAAACUAGGAAAUUAAAAAAUUUUAGAAGUUUGACAAAAAUUUGUGAGAAGUUUAUCAGUUUUCUCCAAAAAUAAAAAGAAAAAUGCUCAACUUCAACGGCUCGAAACUGAUUUUAAUUUUCUACUAUGAACCUUGAUCUCAUUUUACAAAUGAUUUUUUCAGCCUCCGGUUGGAAGUUUGAAGGAAUUAGGACUUUCGGAAGUUUUGAUUCUAAAAUAAGGCAAAUGAUAUAUAGUCAUUUCUGUUCCAUAGUCAGGAUAAAAAAAAAACAAAAAUGCACAAGUUAAGUAAAAAGGCGUUAUUUGAAGCUACAAGUGUCCAAACUAUAAAGUGAAGAAUAAUAAAAAUUGAGUCGAAUUUUGUCCAAAAUUCAGUCGGAGCUAUUUUUAUCUUCAUUUUUGAAGAGAUAAUUAUCUUGGAAAACUUCAAAGAAGAUUAUAUGAAGUUCACACAUAGCUAUUGCAGAUCCUCUAUUUUUUUAUGAACAGACUAGUAAUAACAAAGAGCACCAAGAUCCUCACCUAUUUCCAGGAGAUCGCGUCACUCGGGUCGACAAUUUUAUGAAGGGGCUAUCCUAGGAGCGUCGAAAACGUUAUUUUUUAGACGUUUCACUCUUUUUCUACUGUAAGUUCAAUUUAAAUUUAAUUAACCAACGAAGUUUUAGAUGUGAGGAGGCCGCACCCCGGGGCCAACGUAUGAAUCUACGAUUGCGUCAGAGUAUAGCUGAUUCACGGCUGACUUGAGCCUCGAGAAAAGGGUCCUGCCACGAAAAGAGACGAGACAGUGCCCUGGUUGGUGGAGAGUGCAGACAGGCCACGCCUUCUUGCGUCCCAAGCUAGCCGUGAAUCUUCUAUACAGUUAUAGACGCCAAAACUUAGAACAACGCCAUUUUUAAAAAUUUUGGAUUUCGCGAAAUCAAAUCUUGGAAAAAUUUUAUCAAAAAUCGCUCAGUUCAGAAGUUAAUCGUUUUUUUGAAGCGCUAUGACUUUUUUUCAAAUUACUUUCUACCAUUAAUUUUAUACAUUUUACAAUCUUUUUUAUCUAGCAUGGAGCCCUUAUAUUCAAUAUUAGCGAAACCUCUAUAGCUGAUUCACGGUUGGCUCGAAACAUCAAAAAAGGGUCCUGACACGAUUGAAAAAGAAAUAGUGCCCAGUUAUUAGAGAGCGCAGACCCGCCACGCCUUCUCAGCUUCUCAAGUUAGCCGUAAAUCGGCUAUAGCUGAUUUACGGCCAGCUUGGGACGCUAGGAGAGCGUGUCCUGUCUGCGCUCUCGACGAUCCAGGCGCUAUCUCGUGCAUUAUCGUGUCAGGACCCUUUUUUCGAUACAGUUCCCUGGUUGGUGGAGAGUACAGACAGGCCACGCCUUUUUGCGCCUCAAGCUAGCCGUGAAUCGUCUAUAUCUAUCAACGGCUGAGAAAUGCUAAUAUUUUUUUUCCAAAAGCAAUUAUGAAAGUUUUAUUUCAUUUUUUUGUUGGAAAAUUUUUACGAGCAAUGGGUUCAAGGAGAAAAUGUAUGUUGUUUGAGGUUUCCAAUUCGGGUUUCAACUCUUCUAAGCUUGAACUUUUUUCGCGUCCCUCUUUUGCGAAAUUCGGAUUGGAUACGAAGUAUGGAGAUCUGUGUAUUCUGCAGCGAAUUCAUGAGUCAAAAAAUCUGCAACAGAUUCCAUACUUUUUCCAGUUCCUGACUCGAAAUUCUUCUUUUUUAAAGCAAGCUGAUGCAGCUGUCAUGGGAAAUUAACAAAACUCAAAAAAAUGCAAAAAUAAAUGAAUCGUAAACAAUUUCGAUGGAUUCUUAAAAUUUUCUGGACAAUAAUGAGAAAAAAAAACAUCUUGUAUUUUUUGGUAGUACGAAGCGAAUGGCGACUUUUCCGAUUUUUUCCCUCAUAUUAAUCGGUUUAUCUAUUAAAAUUUUUUUUCCCUUUUCUUUGUUUUUGGUCAUGAAUCAGUUUGGCUUGUUUAUUUUUCCAUAGCACCGUAUUUUUGAAGUUUCUCGUGUUUAGACGCUCGCCGUGUAGCAAGAGGCCAUAUAGUCUGUUCAGAUUUUGAAUGUCAAGCAGCUAACUCCACCCCCAAGGCUACAAUAUCUUUCGCGUCAAUGUUUUAUUUACAUAUGCCAAUGGCCCUUUAAUAAGGCUGCUUUUUUGACUUCUUUUUCUAUCUUUUAGAUCGAAAAAAGAUCAAAAUUAGUCCCGCGCGAUGAAACAUCGACGUGAAAGGGUACCGUCUCAGCAGGGGCGGAGUUAGCUUCUUGACAUUCAAAAUCUGAACAGACUAUAAAACGAAAAAUCGUGUUCAUCGGCGCGCCAAAGUUGCUCCAAAACGGUGCUAAUUUUUGUUUUGGAGCGAUUUUUUUGCGCUUCGAAGCAAUUUCCGUUAUGUCCGAUGAACAUGCCAUAAGUGUCCAAUAUGCGUAGAAUUCUCGAUUAUGGUUAGGUUUUAGGUUUUGAAAAACCAAAUAUUGGCGGCUAAAAGUAGGAGAUUUUGUGUUUCUUUUCAAUAAAUUUCAUGUCAGCCUUUUCAAUUUGACCUAAAAUCGAAAUGUGUCAAGUGCGAAGUUGUAGGCGCCGCUAUUUCUAGACCAGGGGCGUGGCUUGCCUCACCGUAAUUUUGUGCAGUGGCGCGCACAUGCUUACUUUUUCCUCAGUCAUUUUUCUUUAUAUUUCUUCAUUUUUCAUUUUUCUUAUUCAUAUUUCUUUUUAAGUAUUCCCAUUUUGAUUUCAAUAUAACUCCUUCUAUUAUCUAAUUAAAUUUUUUUAAUUUUUUUGAAUACAUGGUUCUUCUGUCUUUAGUAUCGUAGACGAAUUUCUUGAGGCCGAAAAUCGUUUUUUUAGUUUAAAUGAGUGUACGCCAUUGCGAAUAAUUUCAUUUUCGGGGUUCUUCUACUUUCCCAUAAAGAUUUUUUCGAGCCAUAAAAAGUGAGCUCUUUAUUUCGAUGAAAAAUCUCCUAUUUUGAUAAGUUCAGGCCCUUUUUUCUAGUUUCUUUUGAACACUUUGCGAAUGUGUCCAAAGUCCACAGGAAGAGGACUCCAACUAUUUGAUGAAAUCUACAUCGUCGACGACUACUUCUUUGGUCGAAUUAAAAAGUUUUAUAGUUUAUUUGCUUUUUAUUAUCUCCGCGAAGCAUACACCGCUGUGGGAAGUGUAGCUACCGCAUGUAAAGGUUUAAAAGCCUAAAUUCAUUUUUCAGAAGGAAAGCAGAUAUGAUGAUUUUGCAGUUAACACGAUCUAUUUUUGAGAUUUGUGUCACGACGGCUUCAUUUUUCCUGGAUUUGAACGAAUAACUUCGGUCCUCUGGUCAUGCGCGUCAUUUACCUUCAUCUCCAUGCAAAAUCUUGACGCUGUUAAGCGAUUCUAUCUGAAUUAAAGAAAAUUCCCUAUUAAAUAUUAUGUUCAAGAUACACAAAAGAUAACUGGCUAUUCGGGUGUGAUAUAAAACCUAGUUCGGGAGCGGUACAUCGACAAUCACGCAAAUAUUUAAAUAUCGUCUCCGCGCGGAUCUCGCAUUUAUCUCGCUUUUUUUAACGAACUAGUAAAUAUUUGAAUAUUUUUCAAAUCGCGAUGUUGCGCCAAGAUAAAUGCGAGGCCGCUUCUAAAAAAAUGCGAGACCCGCGCGAAGACAUAGCGACAUGUUUACGAAUUCGUCAAUGUACCGCCAGCGAGCUCGGCAGUUCUUCUCAGUGUACCUCCAAAUGUUUAAUAGAGCACAGUCAAAUUGAAUAAAAAGUAAUUGGUGCAGUUUUUCAGUGUUUUUUUAGGCCUUGCGAGAUUUAUGCCUCUUCAAAGUUUUUCGAGUUCUACUUGACAAUCCUUUACUGCGUUAUAAUUCGAGAAAUUUCGCAUAUACCCUAAACUUUUUGACGCGUCUUGUUUUUUUCGGUUUUUAUUGGGUCGCGUUGCCAUAUAGAUUCGAGUUCGUCCGAGAUUUUUUUCGCACGGUAAGUUCUUUCCGUACACUCAAAAGUCUUACGCUGGUAGAAUAUUCUUAACUCAUUUCUAAAGUAUGGAAUUGCGCAACUUAUUUGGAUUCCUAUGCUUAUUACGCGCAGUGUAUAAUAAUUUGAAGAAUCCAAAAAAAGUGAUUAAAAUAGCUGAAUUUUUUUGAAUUUGUUCGUCAAUUUUUCUCCACCAACAAUUAGAAAACUAAUAAUUGUGAAGCAAUGAAUAAAUGCUGCUCCACAUUUUUUUGCAGAAUGAUUUCAAAGAAAGUACUUGAGAAGAACCAUAUCUUCGAAAAAUUAAGAAAUAGAAGGAGUUAUAUUGAAAUCAAAGGGGAAUACUUAAAAGAAAUAUGAAAAAAAGAAAAUGAUGAGUAUAAAGGAAAUGACUGAGGAAAAGUAGGUAUGUGCGCGCCACCGCACAAGGUUACGGUGAGGCAAGCCACGCCCCUGGUCUAGAAAUAGCGGCGCCUCGAAGUUGUUUUCAUUUAGAUUCAGACACGCUAGAGGGCCUUUUCUCACAGACCGAGAUCCCAUCGAAAACGGUAAGGAAAUGCUCAUUCCGGUAAAUGUGAGCUCGAAUUCUAGACCCACGCAUAUCGUCUGCAAGUACAACGUCCUGACGCGAUGCGUGUUACCUCUCCACUGGUUCCAUAG